AUGAUAAACUCAGAAAAACAAUGUAUACAUCACAAUAGAGAUUUGGUAGUAUUUUGUUUAAGUUGUUGUUAUCCAUGUUGUGUUGAAUGCAUGGCAAGUGAAAAACAUCACUACCACGAUUUUAAAAAAAUAGAAGAUGAUAACUUUGAUGUUUACGAUAAUAAAAAAAUUAUCUCAAUUCUAGAAAAAUCAAAAGAAAUUUUUGAAAAUAAAAAAGCAAGUUACUAUAUAGAUAUCAAAUCAGUUCAUGAUGGGUUUAUUUUGAUUCAAGAGCAAUUAGAAUUAUUUAAAGAUGGCAUUUUAGAAAAACUGUUUAAUUCUUUCAAGGAAAAUUUGGUCAUUAAUGCAAAGAUUGAAACUUUGGCUGGUGAUAUUUUAGUCACUGAUAAAAAUAGUGUAUUUAAAAUGAUCGAUCAAUAUAAAGAAAAUAAUAUGGUAGGUUUGGUUCAUACUUUGGUAGAUAAUAUAAAAAACAAUAUAAACAAUUGUUUUCAACAAUUUAAUGGAAACUAUACAAUUAAUAAAAAUAAAGAUGCUGAUAAAAUUUCUGAUUUUGAAAAAGGAACUAUAGAUCAUAUAAAUAACAAUCAAAAUAAUACCAUCGUAAAUAAUAAUAGUAAUAAUAAUAAUAAUAAUAAUAAUAAUAAUAAUAAUAAUAAUAAUAAUAAUAAUAUUUUAAUAGAUAAUAAUGAUAAUAUUAAAAUAAUAGUACCAAAAGAUGUUGAAUCAUUGUCCUUAGAUGGUUUAAAACAAGAAUUAAUUAUUGACUCAAUUCCUAAUUCUGUAAUUCAUCCCCCUUUAGAAGAUGAAUUCAAUAAAUGUACAUUACACCCAAACAAAGACAUAAUAUCCUUGUGUUUAUAUUGUGAAUUAAUGCCAUGUUGUGCUCUAUGUAUAUCAAGUGAAGGGGAGCAUCAUGGUCAUAAUUCUGAUUCAUUAAAAUCAACUUCAAAUAUUCUUUCAUUAGCGAAAAAUUUUAAAGAUGAUAUAUAUCAAAAAGUAAUAGGCAGAAUAGAAUCAAAUCAAAAAAUAUUAAAAAAAUCAAAUGAUAUAUACUAUGAAAUUAAAAGAAUUUACGAUAUUAUUUCAAUGAUAGAUUUAGAUAUUAAAAAACAAUUAGAAACAACCUUUGACGAUAAUACAUUAAUAAUAAAUACAAGUAUAACUUCAAUCAAUAAUGAAAAUGAAAUACUCUCAACAAUAAUUAAUAAUAAUAAACAUAACGAUAAUGAUGUUGAUAAUGGUCAAACAGUAAUUGAAAUAUUAAAUCAAAUUAUUAUAAAAAACAAUCAACAACUUGAUAGAGAUACAAUUAAAAUUAUUAAACAAUAUCAACAAUCAUUAAUAGUAUUAAAUAAUUAUAAUAAUAUAUAUAAUUUUAAUAAAUUAAAAGAAUAUAAAAACCAAAGUAUUCAUUUUAAUAAUCAAAUAAUUGAUGAUAUUAAAAAUAAUUUAAAUUCAAUUUAUAUCUUAAAUGACACUAAUAUUCAUAAAAAUAAUAGAUACAAAGUAGAAAUCGAUGAAAACAAUAAUGAAUUUAUUAACUAUGAUGGUUUAAAGUUUUAUAUUUAUACAUAUAGUGAUUCUUUUAAAUUAAAAAAUGGUUGUGGUAUAGCAUUUACAGACCAUUGUAAUAUUUUAUCAAAAUUAAAAAAUAAAUUACCAUUAAAUGUAAUGCUGUUAGAUGGAUUCAAUCAAAAAUUAACACCAGGUAUAUUACCAGAAGGUGUUCAGUUAUUGUAUUUAGGUGAUAUUAAACAAGAAUUAAUGAUUGGUUCAAUUCCUAAAACUGUAUUUAAUGUCUAUUUACUUGAUGGAUUCAAUCAAAAACUAUUACCAGAACGUGUUCGAUCAUUGCAUUUAGGUGAUAUUAAACAAGAAUUAAUGAUUGCUUCAAUUCCUAAAACUGUAUUAAGUCUCUAUUUAGAAAAUGGAUUCAAUCAAAAAUUAACACCAGGUAUAUUACCAGAAGGUGUUAGAUCAUUGUAUUUACGUGAUAUUAAACAAGAAUUAAUAAUUGGUUCAAUUCCUAAAACUGUAUCUAGUGUCCAUUUAGAAAAUGGAUUCAAUCAAAAAUUAACACCAGGUAUAUUACCAGAAGGUGUUAUAUCAUUGUAUUUAUGUGAUAUUAAACAAGAAUUAAUAAUUGGUUCAAUUCCAAAAACUGUAUAUAGUGUCCAUUUAGAAAAUGGAUUCAAUCAAAAAUUAACACCAGGUAUAUUACCAGAAGGUGUUAAAUUAUUGUAUUUAGGUGAUAUUAAACAAGAAUUAAUGAUUGGUUCAAUUCCUAAAACUGUAUCUAGUGUCCAUUUAGAAGAUGGAUUCAAUCAAAAACUAACACCAGGUAUAUUACCAGAAGGUGUUAAAUCAUUGGAUUUAGGUGAUAUUAAACAAGAAUUAAUAAUUGGUUCAAUUCCUAAAACUGUAUCUAGUGUCUAUUUAGAAAAUGGAUUCAAUCAAAAAUUAACACCAGGUAUAUUACCAGAAGGUGUUGAAUCAUUGGAUUUAGGUGAUAUUAAACAAGAAUUAAUGAUUGGUUCAAUUCCUAAAACUGUAUCUAGUGUCUAUUUAGAAAAUGGAUUCAAACAAAAAUUAACACCAGGUAUAUUACCAGAAGGUGUUAAAUCAUUGCAUUUAUGUGAUAUUAAACAAGAAUUAAUGAUUGGUUCAAUUCCUAAAACUGUAUUUAGUGUCUAUUUAGAAAAUGGAUUCAAUCAAAAAUUAACACCAGGUAUAUUACCAGAAGGUGUUAAAUCAUUGCAUUUACGUAAUAUUAAACAAGAAUUAAUGAUUGGUUCAAUUCCUGAAACUGUAUCUAGUGUCCAUUUAGAAAAUGGAUUCAAUCAAAAAUUAACACCAGGUAUAUUACCAGAAGGUGUUAAAUUAUUGCAUUUAGGUGAUAUUAAACAAGAAUUAAUAAUUGGUUCAAUUCCUAAAACUGUAACUGAAGUGGUUAUUUUUAGUAGUUUUAAACUACAAAUUAAACCUUAUGUUUCUGAUACUGUUAAAAUAACUAUCGUGUAA